ACGCCUCACGCACCAACUGCAUACAUCCUCUUCACCAGGCGUCCAAGCCUCUCUACGAACCAGGCCGCCCGAAGUCGGUUCCCUCAGGCGAACCCAAAGGAAUGCUCCAACUUUUUAACACCGAAAGGUCGAACCCAGGUGAGGUUUGUCGACGGUAGUUAUGUGCUGAAACUACCUCGGGAGGUAAAUGCCUGGACUCCGGCCGCGGGCUUACACUCGAUGAGGCCGACCUUACCAAUUGAGCUGCUGGGCAAAUUAGUGAUUAGGCUUAGAAAAUUUCGACAUAUGUAG